AUGUCUAAAGAUUCCUCAUACACCUACAUCCACUUCAACCGACCCCGCGACGCGGACCUCUUCGAAGACUUCUGCAAAGAUAAGCUCCCCGACGACGAAAUAUACGUGCCGCCACACAACCAGCCCAUCAACCCCGAAGACGAAGACGAUGUAGUCCCUGACCAGCACGCGGCAUUUGGGAUUCAGCGCGCGACGCAGAAAGUGAAGGAGCCGGCGUGGAAGGAUUUGGGGCUUGCGGAUUUGAUGAAGAAGGGACCGGAUGGGAAGAAGAAGGCGACGGGAAGCGGAUUUAAACCUAGGACUAGAUUCAUGCCUAGGUAA